GUGUGGGACACCAAGUUAAUCCAUCCAGUUCUUGGUAUGAAGUGUCAGUUGUUUUACUAUUAGGGAUAUGUGUCACACGAGAUUGUGAGCCAUGGUAAAGAGUAAAGUCCAGAGUUUUUUUUCUUAACUCCACCCUUCCCAACCUAGGCCCGCCCUAGAUAUGGGUGAUCAUGUGAUUGGAGUGGGGUAUUGGCAGGAGGAUUCACAUUACAUGCACAUUCUCAAAGGAGAGAGAAAGAAAGAGAGAGCUGUGUGUGUGAAUUAAACCCAAGGACUACAGUGAAAGGAGUUUACUAAGCUGAAACCAGUAGAAACUUCUGACUGAGAAGGGAAGAACGUUAUUUGGGUGUGGACACAAAGAACCAGAAUAAUGAAUAAUGGCAAUUUCACCGUCAUAAAAUGAAUCCUCCUCCGUCGCUUUGUGAAAGUGGAAGAGACAACUUUUUCUCAGACUGGAGCUCACUCAAAAUGCUCAUGUUUGACUGUUUGCCUGGAAAACAAGACCCAAUGGAGCCAAUUUCAAUGCCAUUCCAACAAGGGUAUAUGGCCAGAUUAAAGCAUGAUUUCAAACCCGAGAACAAUCACAGCAUCAUUUACUCAACGCACCCUAUCUCCCACGCUGGACUUUUUCAAUCACUCGAGGCUAAUGGAGGUCAAAUCGAGCCAGUAGAUCUUUCACUGAACAAGAGACAUUCUCCGCGUACGUCAAGUUCCCCUUCCUCGCCUUACUCAUUGACUGUGCUGUCUUCCACAUCUCCUACAAUGAGUACAUCUCGCUCCAGCUCGCCUAACAAGAGGUCACCUCAGCCUCCUAUCAGCAUGUCAUUAAGCAACUCCACAGUGCUGACAAGCCACCUCUUAUCGCGGUCAACCAUCCCAGCCUCAGCAUUGUAUCCAGUGAUUCACCCGGUGGUGGUUCAGCCGGUCGUAUAUACUCAGCCUUAUACUCAGUCUAUAAUGGUUUCUACAAUGUUGAAAGAUGACAUGAGGAAUAAUCAGCCAGGUCUUCCUUUGCAAUGUGCAAUCUCUGGUCCCCGAAAUCUCCCCCGGCAGCAACAUCCGCAGUUUUAUAACCAGUCCAGAGGAGUUCCGCUUCGUACCUCCGAUGAUCAAAGUCACAUGGUGAUGAAGGUGAUAAAGUGCAAGCAGGAGUACGACCUGUUGGAUAACUGCAUCAACGAGGUGUCUUCUUCGGUCCUCAGUCCCAUGCAGCCGGUUGCAUCGCACGAAUAUUCCAGAGAUGAAUGUGGGGCCAGGGAGAUGACGUCUGACAUGGAGCUGUUCCGGAGGAGUCAUACCCCUUCAGUUAUCGUUCAUACAGCUGGAAGACCACAUCCUAUUGAAUCGCCCGAUACCCAGAGGAAGCGUCGCAUACACAGAUGUGACUUUGAAGGAUGCAACAAAGUGUACACAAAGAGUUCACACCUCAAGGCACAUAGGCGCACACACACAGGUGAGAAGCCAUACAAGUGUACUUGGGAAGGUUGCACGUGGAAGUUUGCCCGUUCGGAUGAGUUGACCAGGCAUUACCGGAAACACACCGGCAUCAAACCCUUCCAGUGCCCGGACUGCGACCGCAGCUUCUCUCGCUCGGACCACCUUGCCCUGCACAGAAAGCGUCACAUGCUGGUCUGAGUGUGUCAUUGCUCACAAUGUAAUCCAGACCAGAUGCAAACUAUUCACAUAGUUUUCUUAACCAAGAUUCAGCUGGGCCGAAUCGUUCAACAGAUGAACACUUUUCAGUACCAGAAACACAAACAAAACUUGUUUGUUAAGUGCAGGAGCCGUGGUUCACAACAAGGGUGCCUUUACAUUAGUGCAUUCCCCACUUCGUUGUCUCAUUUGUCCAUUGAAAUUGCCAGAAUUUCCUUUGAUCAUCAGCCUUUUACGUUCUUGCCAGAGAGAUUCCCUCUUCGCUGUAGACUGCUGUUCUUCGCCUCGUACUUCACUGAAACUACACCUCAUCUAAAAUUGAUUUUUUUUUUGUCAAAACAAUAUCAAAAGUGUGUCUUAAUUGUGCAGACUGGUUUAUACAUAGGAUUGUAAUAUUUUUGUUGUAAGGGUGGCGGAUGUCAGGAAAAUCAUUCCAAACAACUGUGAAAGAAGGAAAGGCUUCAAGACGAGACUGGAGGAAUCCUGCACACCAUCACUCUCAUCGGCAACUUUCCAACUGUCCUGUGACAGUUCUUCAGUAUUUUCCAUUGAAGAUCAACUCCCUACUGCUAGCUUCAGUAGUUACAUUUGUAUUUCAAAGUCAAUGCAUGUGAACUAAUGAAGUUAAGCACCCCAAGAUUCACCAACAAUGGCUUUUCUUCAUAUUGGUUCACACUCAAAAGCCGACAGGACUUGUAACUUCCAGCAAUUUCAUCAAUCAAAAAGCAGUGUUUCCAUUCACUUGAGUUGAAGUUUCACACCUUCAAGCCCGGUAAAGGAAAAAGAAGAAAUGAAAAUAUGGUACCCCUGAGUUUAUGAGCAUGUGGUUUGGUGACAUAGUCUUUGUCCUGCAUUGCAUUGCCUAUCAUUUCAUCAUUGACCAGUUGAGAUAUUCUUACUUUUAGGUCAUGUUAAUCAACAUAAGAAAGUGGGCAAGGACACAUGUCAGGGGUGUUGAGAUCAAAUGGUUUUAAUAAGAAAGAAAAAUCUUAAGUGUUCAAUAUUUACUUGCAACACGCAAAAUUGUCAGUAAAUUUAGAAUAUAACAUUUUUGCCAAACAGCUAGUUAUGCACUAAUUUGCCAAUUUUUUCUUCCUUAUAACCACAGGUAAUUAAUAAAAAAAGACUUACACAACAUUUAAUAAGCCUGGCAAUCGUGAAUUAAAUUUAACAUUCUUGAUCUUCCUUUGUGGACAAUAGAUAAACAUAAUUCAACUACAAGUACUUUUGAUCUACUGAGUGAAAAAGGAAUUUGUUUCAAAUAUUUCAGUUCCUAUCAUCAAUUAUGCAAACAACACAUUUGUAAUUAUAUGGAUAUUCUUGACAUAUUUCUUUGACCAGGAGGAUGCAGUGUUGGUUUCAUGAUGCAUGAACCAAAUGGAGUAAUUGUGUUCCAAUAAGUUCAAUCCCAGAACAUUGUGGAAGAACUAGGUGCAAUCAGUGGGAAUUAAAAAUUGGGGAAAUUAGUGUAAGAAAAUAUAAUCUGCCAAAUAGGGCAUUUCAGGCCACAUUCGUAAUAUCUUACUUUAAAAUUAUUUUGGGGAUAAUAAUAUUAAGCUGCUUAAAGAACAUCUUUCAUGUUGACUCUUGCUUCAAUGUUUUCACUGUUGGUUCAUUGCUUGCAUUUGUUAAGAUUGUGUAAGCACUCAUUGUAGCCAUUCAACAUGUUGAACACUCUAUCAGUUUAAAUGGCAGAACAUUUUUUUGUGUAUACCACUGGGUAGGUGUCAAUGCUGGUUUGUGUAACAUUACUGUUAUUGCCACGAAAAAGAUUGGAAAAAGUAGCACAUCAAUAUCCAAGUUUUUUUGUUAGUUCCAUAUUUACAGAAAUAAAAUUUAACCGAUUUGAAAUUAUUUUUCAAAUUAAUUCACAACACACUUUUCCAGUAGUUUUUUAUGGCAGUUUUCAUUCAUGCUUUUAAAUGAGCAGUAAUGCAAAAUGAUGGACUAAGAAGCAAUUGGACUAUCAUUAAUUUAAAUUCAAUCAAAUGAAAAAUAUGUUUGCAAAUCACAUACUACUAACAUGUUCAGACAUAAAUCACAGUGUUUAAAAUACACAUCCUCCAAUUGUUUCCCCAUAUUUUCGGACUGACUAUGUAUAAUCACCAUCACAUUAGUUUUCAAUCUACCUUUUUGUUUUGGGAAAAUAUUUGCCAUAAUAUUGUGACCACUGAACCUAUUUGAAUUUUAAAUGAAAUCAAUAAUCGCUUUAAUGCAACUAACUUUAUUAUAUUCCAUAAAUUAUAUUCUAGCAUUUUGAGAUACAGCAUUUCUUUUUACUGAUCAACAAUGUUGUUAAAAACACUGACCAGUUUGAGACUGAGCCACGAAAAGUAAGAUGGUAAUAAAGUCAGUCCCCAAUUUGUAGUAAAUUAGUUAAUUCCAUCCCUGACAUCCCCGGUAACACUGGAGUUCUACGAUCAGUGCCUGGGGAAGAAUGAAAGCAAUAGGAAUUUCCAUUUAUAACUAAGAUCCAAUGUCUUGCUACUGCAAAGCAUUUGCAUGCAUGGCUGUCAGGGAAGGAUAUGGCUCUAAAGUCAUCAAUGGUUACAUGGGCCACCACUAUCCAAUAACUGCAAGUGAAGAGUACCUACUUAUUAAGCAAACUCAGGGAGAGUGGGGAUCAAGUUAUCUAGAUCUGUAAACUGCAGCCCAACAGUAGACCAAGCUUUACAGGGACACAAUUGGAGGUAGAUUAGCAUUCUCUUUCAAUUCACUUUGGUUGAAAACUUGGGUUUAUAAUUUAUCAUGAUAGCCUCUGAAGUAAGUUUUCUACAUUGAUAAGAAUUUCACCACCAAGCAAGUUAGAUCUAGGAGGAACAAAACUCAAUGGCGCCAGAGGAUUAGAAUCUGGAUCCGUGCAAGUGAGCAAAGGUGAAUCAACCCAAUUCUUCAAAGCAACAGUUUGUGUGUAGAACAUUGCUAAUAGGAAUACCUGUCCAGACUUGAACUAGGGGUGAUGCUUGGCAUCAGGGGCACGUGAUGUUACAUUCUGUGCAAUAGAGCAAGAGCGGUAGAUACCAGUAGUUUCACGUACAAACUGGUAAAAUGUUGCUGCACAUAGAAAUAUGCAAACACAGCAAUUCAUGGCAGCUGGCCUGCCUCGUAGACAAGUCAUUCUUCUGUCUUUCAUAUCAAAGAGCGACUUAUUUCCUGUAAGGAAGCAGAGUGGGUGAUCCGUCGCAGAAUUUAAAUUAAAAUGCACUUGAAAAUGGGUGCAAUCAGGUAAUGUUCACAUCAUGAAUAAUAAAUGCGGGGAUAAUUUUUUUUAAGAGGCAGCUGUAAGAGUAAUGCCUCUCUGCUUUAAAAGAUAAACAAAGCAGCAAUAGUUUAAAAAGACCAUGAAACGCCCCUCUAUGUGCUGUGUCAUAUACAGAGGUGGGAAGGGGGAUUUGGAUGGCAUGCACAUUUUGAAUCUAUUCUUCUCAGCUUAGAUACCUGAAAUGUGAAUUAUUUUUUUAGGGUAACAUACAUUUUGGUUUGGAAUGUUGGUUUGGGGAUAAUAGCUAGAGAAGCUUAUUUUGACACUUAAUAAAAUAAAAGAUGCUGAAUAGAUGAAAUAAAAGGUCAUGCUGUUAAUAAAAUUGGAUUUUCUUUAAAUUUUCAUAAUAGCAUAUACAACAACUAUUAUAAAAAGUGCUUUCGACCAAUCCUGGUAAACAUGCCUGAGGUGAUCAGUCAUGCUGUCCAUGGGAAUGAUAUUUAUUAGGAAGUGUAUGCAGAUCUCAAUCCCAUUCUUUAAAAACAUAUAUUUAUAAGUUUAUAAAUUCAUAAGUGAUAGGAGAAGAAUUGGGCCAUUCAAUCCACCACGUCUACUGCGCCAUUCAAUCAUGGCUCAUCCAUCUUUCCCUCUCAACCCCACUCUCCUGCCUUCUCCCCAUAACCCCCGACACGCAUCCUAAUCAAGAAUCUAUCUCUCCCUUAAAAAUAUCCAUUCUUUGGAAAUAUAUUAAUAUGUAAAGCUAUUAACAUAUGCACACCUACAUUGGUUUUAAUGCACAGAAAUCAAUGCAGUAUUCUGCUUAGUUGACUAGAAAGUAAAUUAAUGCCUUAAUUAAUUAAUUAAUGGCUCCACUAAUUGAUACAUUUGACAAGUUUUUUGGGGACAUGGGGAA